CGUGUUUUCAAGCGCGGCAGUUAAUGGAAAGUUAUUUUUUUUUAUUUUAUAUAAUUCCCAAUAAAGUGCAUAUUUCACGUACACGUGACUUGUUUCAGUGGCAAGUCUCUUCUCACAUAAUGGCACAAUUUACUUACUAGUCAUUUGUCCCUGUUGCAUUAUUAUUGUCGGAAUAUCAUCAAAUUUAACAUAAUGACAAAGGCGUCAAUUUCAAUCGGACUGAUUAUUUUUCUAUCAUCGAUAAUCAGUGGUUUGACACUUUUUUGCAACCACAUUCCACCCCAUGCAUUUGAAACACCACGAACGCCACUUGAGGAUGAGUUUCAAAUUGUUAUGAGUAACGUCAAUCGCACCGAUUAUUUUCAAAGUUACAUGCCACGCACCAAUUAUAUGUUAACCAUCGAAAGUGGUGAGAGUCAGGGUCCAGCUCACAAAUUUUCCAGUUUUUUCAUCAUAGUCUCAAAUGAAAAUGAAACACUCGACAGUGGAACAUUGAUUGUGAUUGAUGAGACUUUAUCUAAAUAUUCGGAAAAAUGUGAAAAUGCAAUUAUCGAAACAGCCAAAUUACCAAAAGAAUCAGUUUCAAUUAUUUGGAGAAGUCCAAUUGAAGAUAGUGGUUGCGUCCGAAUAAGGGCCCUAGUGGUGGAGACGCCAGAAACAUGGUACAUGGAAGACGAUGAUGCAAAUGAAAAACUAUCGUUACGCAUGUGUCCAAAUCCCAAAGCUGAGGAGGAUGAACAGGGGGAAAUUCUCGAUAAAUGUUGCGCUUGCGAUGAAGCAAAAUACGAAGUGGCAUUCGAAGGUCUUUGGUCCCGAAAUACUCAUCCUAAAGAUUUCCCAAGCAAAGCCUGGCUCGCUCGAUUCUCGGAUGUAAUUGGCGCAUCGCACACGGCAAAAUAUCGUUUUUGGUCAUAUAAUGGAAAUGCAAGCGAGGGAUUAAAACAAGUGGCUGAACAUGGCUCAACACGUGUCCUUGAAUCUGAAUUAAAAGAUCAGAGUGAACAUAUUAGGACGAUUAUCAAAGCGAGAGGAAUUAGUUAUCCAAACGUGACUGGAAAAACGUUUGCCGUUUUUCGAGUGGAUAGAAUGCACCACCUAAUGUCGCUGGUCUCAAUGAUUGACCCAUCGCCAGAUUGGUUCGUAGGGGUUUCAGGACUCGAACUUUGCUUGUCGAACUGCACUUGGAUUGAGCACAAGCAAUAUAAUUUGUACCCGUACGAUGCGGGUACGGACGAAGGAAUCACUUACUUGGCCGAUGAUGUGCCAACGAUUCCUCAACAAUCAAUACGUCGGAUAACGACGUCAUAUCCAAAUGACAGUGGAUCGCCAUUCUUCGAUCCAUUUAACAGUGACAUGAAACCAAUGGCGAAACUUCAUAUAAAUCGUCAGAGGAUUUAUGAAAAAGUUUGUGAGGGAAUGCAACAAAAACCAUCAAAUUCAGGUGGUCGACAUAAAAAAUCUAAAAAUAAAGCCUGCAGAAUGACCCCUUGGGGUGAUUGGGGUCCCUGUUCAGUGCAAUGUGGCCAGGGAACGAGUUUAAGACAAAGGCACUUCGUUGACAAUUAUGCAGCGACAAAAACAAAUUGUAAAGAUUCGCAAUCAGACAGAAAAAUUUGCUACGGAGGAGGUGGUCCAUGUGAAAUGUCAGCAAAAGAUGCGGCUAUUCUGAACAGUAAGGAAUGCGAAUUGGAGCAAUGGAGUCAAUGGAGUGAAUGCUCCUCAACGUGUGCACCAUCCGUACAAGCUAGGAAACGCAUAUUCAUUCAUAAAAAGCAUCAAAAGCAUUGCAGGAAUGUUUCAAAACCACCACGUUUAGAGCAAACAAGAAAGUGUGAUCUCCCAGCGUGCGAGCAAUGCGAGGAAGAGCCAUGUGAGGAGGUAAGAACAUCCCUCGAACCCACUGACAUUGAAAGUGUCACUGAAACCACAACUGAAAGUAAUGAUGAUCCUGAGGAUGAUGAUAAUGAGGGAGACGAUGAUUCGGAAGAAGAAGUGGAGAUAAUCGAGGAAUGGCGAGAGAAAUGCCCGAACUCUCGAUUCUCUGCGUGGUCCAUAUGGACACCAUGCAGUUCAAGUUGUGGACCAGGUGUCAUGAUGCGUUCCCGAAUAAUUGAAAAAAAUGUCAAUAAUGUUGGGGAAGAAGUGCAGGACAGUGAGGAUGAGGAAGAUAAUCUUCAAGAGUGUACAGUGCAGCAGGCUGCAUGUACCGCAAAAAUAGAAAGUUGCAAUUACACUGUUGAAGAAGCUGAAGAAAUAUGUCUCGAACCAAAGGAUCCAGGAACAUGUUCGGGGAAUAUCAUUCGCCUUUACUAUGACAAAGAUGCCGGUGAAUGUAAACACUUCAGUUAUUCAGGUUGCGAAGGAACGAGAAAUAAUUUUCCAACAGCGAUUGAUUGUGAGAAAGUAUGCAAACGGGGUCAAAAGGACACUAGAACGAAUCAUUCAAGUUCCGUAAAGCACUUUCAAGUAUCAAUCAGCAGUGUUCUUAGCUAUCAUAUUCCAGUACAAGAACAACGAAGUCCCAAAUCUAAACGCGCCAGAUCUGGCUCAGAUACAACGCCCGAUGAAUUUAAUGGAUUACAAACUGGAAGUCAAGUUAUUGAAGCCACUGAGGAAUAUCGAGGAAAAGUGGAUUGUGAAGUUAGUGAUUGGAGUCCAUGGUCUGAAUGUUUGAAUUGUCACGAUACUUCGUAUAGAAUUCGGGAAGUGACGGUGAAGCGACAAAAUAAAGGCAGAAAGUGUCCAAAAUUAGCGAAAUAUAAAAAAUGCAGUACUUUACCAGAAUGUGCGUCUAAGAGAAAUGGCAUGAAUAUCAGACGCCGAAGCAAGGACGAUCUUCCAUUAAGUGGGAAUUAUAAUGACGAAGAGGAAUCCGUCGAUUGUCAAGUGAGCCAAUGGUCCAGAUGGUCCCGUUGCAGUGCCACCUGUGGAGACUCUGUGCAAUAUAGAACGAAAACAAUUAAAAUUCAACCAAAGAAUAGGGGACAAUUAUGUCCACCUCUCGUCGAAUUUCGUGAUUGUUCAAAACCACAAUGUCCAUCUAAAUAAUUAAAAGUUCAUUCAAUUUCCUGCAAAGGAAUUCUCCAAUUUUCUAUGUUUUUAACUGAAAUACAAAAAAAAUAACAAGUUUAAAAAAAAUCAAAAAAAAAGUAAGUACCUAUCUAGAAAAAACUAUAUCUUAAAUAAUAAUGGGGAAAAUUUACUAUUGAUAGAUGUAGAUGAAAUUCCAAGAUAUAAAACCUGAACAUCUCAAUAUUACAAAUCAUAUAUUUUAUACUGAUAACUAUAAAACUAUAUAUAUAUAAAAUUUUAUACUCGAAAAAGUGUUUUUCUUUUCUAAACCAGAAACAAUUGACAAAUUACAAUUUUUUAAAA